AUGAAAGGGGUACUGAGGUUCGGCAAGAAGGGAAAGCUCAGUUCAAGGUACAUUAGGCCUUUUGAGGUCUUAGAACGAAUUGGGACUCGGGCUUAUCGGCUUGCUCUACCACCGAGUCUGUCUGGAGUCCAUAAUGUGUUCUACAUAUCCAUGCUUCGAGGAUACGUACCUAACCCCUCUCAAUUGAUUGGUCACGCAUGCGUGCAGUGGACACCAGAUCUGUCCUAUGAGGAAGUGCUGAAGCAAAUACUUGAUCACCAAGUCCGGAAGUUGAGGAACAAGGAGAUCAUAAUGGUAAAGGUUCUAUGGGGAAACCAGCUGAUGGAGGAGGCAACGUGGGAAUCUGAGUUGGAUAUACGCAACCUCUACCCCGAGUUAUUCGGGUUGAGGAUGGGGCGGGGGAGGGUUGAGGUGAGGAGAAUAGAGAACACGAUCAAUAGGCAGGUGACCUUCUCCAAGAGGAAGGUCGGGUUGCUGAAGAAGGCCGACGAGCUCUCUGUUCUCUGCGACUAA